CAUAUUAUACACGCGCGUGACGCGCGCAGUUUAAGUGCACGUCAAUCAGUCGCAUAUUAUAUAGUUCGCGCGACACUACGACGGAAAUCAUGGUGAACACCACUGUGACGUAUUUUCUCAUCGCUGCCACCGUGGCCGCGUCUUACGGUGCGUCCGCGGCUCGUAUACUCGGAGUGUUCACGCACCACGGGUACAGCCAUCAUAAGGUGUUCUUGCCUUACCUGCAGGCACUGGCGGACCGCGGACACGACUUGCACGUAAUUAGCAAUUUCGAUUCGUCUCACCCGAACAUUACCGACAUCAGCGUCGCGGGCUCCAUGCCCAUGGCCAACAACAAUGUCACGUUCCCGAGCAAUGCCGGGCAGUUCGGCAUAGUCGGCACGUUGACGGACCUGUUCAGUCUGUAUGAGAUUGCUAAGUCCACGGAGGCCGUGUUCGACGUGCCGGCCGUCCGGCGUUUGCUCGACGAUCGGACCGUGUCGUUCGACCUGGUCGUCGCUGAGCAUUUUAACAACGAGCUGCCGCUUGGUUUCGCUGCUAAGUACCGCGUGCCGUUCGUUUUGCUCAGCAGCUGUCCACUAAUGCCGUGGACCAUGUCAUUGGUCGGCCAGUCACAACGUACGGCGUACAGACCGUCCUUGUUCAGCGGCCUGCCGGAACGCAUGGACCUCGCACAGAGGAUGACCAACACGGCUGUUGCGAUCGUGUCCGCCGCUGUGUUCCGGCUGAUGCACCGGCCCUGGAGCCAACGUACGCUGAGAAAACACUUGGGCCUGGACGUGUCCCUGGACGAGUUGGCGUCCAACGUCAGUCUGGUAUUGGUCAACACGCACUGGUCCUUAAACGGAGUAUCACCGACCAUGCCUGCUGUAAAGGAGACCGGUGGGAUGCACGUCAUGCCGCCGAAACACUUGCCAGUCGACAUCCAAAAAUAUAUUGACGAAGCUGAGAACGGAGUAAUUUAUUUCUGCAUGGGCAGUUUAUUACGAGGCGAAACUUUUUCACCCGAAAAAAGACAAAUGUUCUUGAAUGUCUUCAAGAAAAUACCACAACGCAUUCUGUGGAAAUGGGAAGGAGAACUACCAGGAAAACCGUCUAAUGUAAUGAUUCGCAAAUGGAUGCCUCAACGAGAUAUAUUAGCUCAUCCUAAUGUUAAGCUAUUUAUAUCUCAUGGUGGCCUAUUGGGAACUACCGAAGCUGUAUAUGAAGGUGUUCCAAUUUUAUCAAUGCCAAUUUUUGGUGAUCAAAUGACAAACAUCAAAGCUGUUGUAAACAAAGGAGCUGCAGAGAUGAUGAAUUACGGAGAUUUGAAUGAAGAUGAUAUUUUUAUAAAAAUAACAUCCAUGCUCACAAAUCCUAAAUACAGACAAAAGGCUAAAGAGUUAUCAGAAGCUUUUCGUGAUCGACCUAUGUCGCCUUUGGAAACUGCAGUGUAUUGGACAGAGUAUGUCAUCCGACACAAAGGGGCGCCGCAUCUUCGAUCUGCCGCCGUUGGUAUGCCAUGGUACCAAUACUAUUUAAUCGAUGUAUUGGUUGUAAUUUCCUUAUCUAUAACAACAAUUUUUGUAUUAGUUUACUACUUAAUUUUCAAAGUUAUUUCAAGAUUGUUGAAUAGAAAAUCUAAAAAAAAACAAUCUUAAUAAUAAGUAUAUAUUUGGAUAAUUUUUAAUAAAAAAAUACUAAAAUAGUGAUAACCUUCCUAUUGUAAGUGCUAUAGGCAUAAACUAUAAUAUAUAAUAUAUAGGUAACUAUAUCGGAUUUUGGGAGUCGAAUAGAAGGACAGGUACCUAAUUAGUUACUAAUUAGGUACUAAUUAGGUACCUAGGUAUACUAUAUGUUAUGGCUAGUAUUAUAAAUGUUUUACACAAUAUGUUAUUAGCUGAAUUUUAAGUUAAUUCAAAUAUAUUAAAAUAAAUGUUGUAUUAUUUUUAACAUGAACAUGAAAUGUACUGUAUCAACGGUGAAGUCAAAAUAUGAUAGUAUAAUUUUUGCAUUUAGUGAUCAAACUAUACAUGUCUAAUACCCUCAGAGUCAAUAUCCUCUAUUCUCCUGAGUCAGUAUACUAGUUACAUAAAUUUAUAACAUUGUGUAUCAUAAAUAUAUAAAUUUGUAAAUGUUGUCGGGUAAUCCUUUGAGCUGAAUAAAAUAGGUAGAUCUAUAUA